AUGCCGAUCACACUAUCGAUCAUGGAAGACAGCCAUCAUUUUGCCUCAUCCCUCAGCCCUGACUCCUUCGAUUCCGACAGUCUUUCAGGACUUCACACGACGUGGAUGGACGAUGAACAGCUUAAUAAUUUAUUGAUUAUGAACGUAUUUUCCGAUGUGCCAAUGUCCAGAGCUCAGAAUAGCAGUACUGACUACUUUAACAUAGCAGAGAAGUCUAUAGAGCAGUCGAAUGCAAUUGAUUCAGUGCUUUAUACGGAGUUAGGAGACCAUGAGUCUCAGCUACUAGACGCAGCACUGGAUGUCCCCGUUGACCAAAAGCAUUCACUUAUUUUGGAGUCUUCUGCAGACACGACAGUGGUUACGAGUCCACUGAAGAUGCAAACACGACACUGUAGGAGCCCCAGGACACGCAGGACGACCAGUUCGGCCUUGUCAAGAACAGAAACUGGGACGAAAUUACAACGAAUUAGUAAGAAGGAGAGUAACGAGACUGAAGAACCGACGACACUGUUGAGUGAUACUAUGCGACCGAGGACGAGAAGCUUGUUGUGGCAAAAACAUGAGCAGAACACUUUCUUUGCCUUAUUUAAGGUCAAAUGGCCACCUACACCAAAAAGCAAGCCAUUACCUUCGUUUAGCUCGCUAUUGCUGCAGCGCUUUGAUGCCAUUAGCACAAAGAUCAGAACCAAGAGUGUGAUGGAGGUGAAGCAGUUUUACACGACGGUGAUGCAGAAUAUUUACGAGCUGCUGGUGGUUGUGGACAACGAUGUCGAUUUGACAAACCCAGACCAAGUGCGCAUUGCUGUGUGGUGCUGGAGCAAACUAAUAGCUGACAAGAAGCACCAUGACGAAUUUCGAGCUCUUGCUUCGGAGCCUGCGGUAGUGAAGGCCAACCUGGCCAAUGUGCUACUCCAGUCUAUCAUUCGUAGUCGCCGUCAAAUGCUUAAGGCGAAGUCGGAAAAAUUAACACUCAACAGCAACGCACCAGCACCUGGCCUAACUUCCAUCUCAGCGUGGGUAUCAAGGUCAAACCUCAGCUCCUUUUUUGCGAGAUCGGACGUUCCAGAGGCCUCCACGGUUCAGAUUCAUUAUCCAAUGGUGCGAAAGAAACAUUCUGCUUCAAUGGGCCAGGUAGCAGUAAUGUCUUCUGCUAGGGCCGCCUCGGUGUUUGACAAUGCCAAAAAGGUGUUGUCUUUGCCAAAUGAAUUACCAGGAGGAGCGACAGUAGAACGCAAGCGCAGUGUGUCCACAGACCGUUCUCCUGUUAUUGCUUCUGUGAAAACCCACCAGUCUGGAAUUGGAUCUGCUACUUUUACAAGCCCAGCAUCGAUGGGAAAGAGGUCUCGAUCACGCACGCGAAAUGAGAUGAUGUUCCACACGCCGCAAAAACUGUCGCGAAAAAAGAUUUACAUAAAGAUGCGCAUGGUGCCUCGAGACAAGCAAACCAAGGUGGACUUGGUGCGCUGCGGUAUCAGACCAAAAGUGGAGCUGAAGUUAUCGUCGACCAAGAAGGUCUCAGAGAUCACGGCGCACAUGAGCAAGAAGUGGGCUAAAGUACGCCCUCUUUUGCCGAAGGAGGCUGUGUUGUGCUUCUUCCAGAAAAGGGGCACUGGCAAGUGGUCCAAAGAAGACCCAAACGUGACCUGUUUCGAUAUUUGGAAGUUAUCUGGAAAACAGACAAACGGUGAAAAUGUGGUUGAGGUGUCUUAUGUAUGGAUGGUGCCGGAGAAAAUGACAACUUUUGCAGACGACCCAAAUGUUCAAGCUCAAGAUUUAAUGCCUUUGUCGUCGCAAUCCGGAUUUUACUCGGAGGAAGUGUAUUCUCCGACGAAGCAAGCAAUAAGCAACGGUGACGAAAGUGAGACUGAUCAGUUUUCUCCUGCCCUUGGCUUACAAGAGUUUAGCGAGACAGCUGCAUUUGAUCGAAGCGUUACCGCAGAAGCCAACGAGGAGGCAGCAGCUAUUGAAGCAAUGAUUGGCGACAGCUGUGACGAAGAUCUUGGUGAAGAGUUCCGCCUAGCUAGGGGUUGUUUGCGGCGGCGAAUUAAGCCGGUGCUAUUAUCGAAAGAAGAGUUUAAUAUCUAA